GUUAUGCCCCCAGUUCCCAACAGGCAAUCAAUAACCAUUUCCGCACAGAUAAUAGUUGACUUGAGUGGCUUUUUAAGAGGGGGAGAGAGAGAGAGAGAGAGAGAGAGAGAGAGAGAGAGAGAGAGAGAUGGCAGAAGAAUUUCCUAUGACGGGUGGAGAUGGCCCAAACAGCUAUGCCAAAAAUUCUAAUGCAGCGGCCAAGGCAGCAGAUGGUGCAAAGGCAAUGUUGGUUGCAGCAAUAUUCGAAAACCUUGACAUUGAAACUCUGCAGUCUCGGCCAACAACAUUCCGGAUUGCUGAUUUAGGUUGCUCUGUUGGACCUAACACAUUCAUUCAAGUGGACAACAUAAUUGAUGCCGUAUCUCAAAAAUACCACAAGAAGAGCAAAGUCCAGUCUGCUGGUGAACUCCCAGAGUUUCAAGUAUACUUUAGUGAUCUUGUGUCAAAUGAUUUCAACUAUCUCUUUUCCACUCUCCCUCGAGAUAGGCAAUAUUUCACGGCAGGAGUUCCGGGCUCUUUCCAUGGAAGACUCUUCCCUGAGGCCUCUCUUAAUUUUGUUUACUCGGCAUAUGCUCUGCACUGGCUCUCUAAGAUACCAGACGAGCUACGUGACAUCAACUCACCUGCAUUUAACAAGGGCAGGAUUUUGUAUGGCAAUGCACCGUAUGAAGUUGGCCAGGCAUAUUCAGCUCAGUAUGCCAAAGACAUUAAGUCCUUUUUUCAUGCUCGAGGACAAGAGCUUGCUCCUGGAGGCCUCAUGUUGCUUUUGAUUCCGGGGCGUCCCCAUGGCACGCUUCCAGCACAGAAUUCUCUUGCUCCUUAUUUUCAACCCUUGGAGUCUACUCUUGCUGAUAUGGUGAACGAGGGCUUACUAAGCGAAGAUAAAUUUGACUCUUUCAACUUGCCCGUCUACUGCCCAUCUGUGGAGGAGUUGAGGUUACUAAUAGAAGAAAAUGGGUGCCUUGACAUAUUGACAUUGGAGAGCAUAGGUCAGAUGCCUUUUAGCUUGCCUAGUGCACAAGGAUGCAGAGCUGGGACGGAGAGCAUUCUCAGAAAACACCUUGGGGAUGAAAUUAUAGAACCGCUUUUCGAUCGAUACUCGAAGAAUAAAAAUAUUGCUGCAGGAAGUGCCUCCCUUGUUCAUGACGACAGCAUGGCUGUUGGAUUCUUUGUUCUUGUCAAGCGCAAAUUGCUCUGAUUAACAUUCGAACUAAUAAAACCUACUUUACAAGUAACUGAGUAGGAUGAAAAAAACCUGUAAGUGAUGGCUUUCUUUAGCCUACAGAUCAUUUGUUACUGGCUAAGGUUGUUUCUUUAUUUUUCUGUCUUUUACUUUUUGCAUGGAUAAGAAAUAGAAAAAUAAAAAAAAUCAGAUUAUCAAAAUUUGUUGUGGAGCUACGAAAUCUCCAAUUCUCCA